AACAGGUUAAAACUAUGCCCCAAUAUAUAUUCGGACUUCCAAAAGUGGGUCGAGCAGACCACAAUAUUAAAUAGUUAACAGUUAAAAACCAAGCUCAAGUAGAUUAGGGAGCCUCAGAAUAGUGGGACGUGUAGUAGUAUGAACAAUUGAAAAACUCGUUCAAGCUUUUCUGAGGGCUUCAGAAUAGUGGGAAAUACAAACAGAGUAGAAAAGAGAAGAGUUUGGUCAACCUCCGAAUAUCAAAUCAGCGAAUCGAUGACUCACUCCCGAUUCCGAUAGUUGAUUUGGCUGGAUUUGUUCCAGGCGGCCAGUGGAAAGUGCAAACAAGUCUUGUGUCCUUUGUGUUACUGUUUAAUUCUGGCACCGGGGCGAGUGUAUGCGGAGUAGAAGAGACAAGGAAAAGGGCAAGCAACAUACACAGUAUUUUUAGUAGGAAAUGGCAGGCCUAAUAUACCAGCUAUUCGCGUCAUCCACGCUUCUCUCUCUGGGUCUCUACCACCUCAUCUGCUCCAGCCGUAACUUCCUCAAAUCCCAACAGUCCUACUCCGCCAAGCCUUUCCACCCUUUUCCUUUCUCUACCGAUCUCCACCUCAAACAUCUUCCUCUCUACCUUCUCAUUCUCUGCCUUUUCAUUGCCUUUCUCCACCAAUCUUUCAUCUCCUCCGACCCUGAUCCUCUCCUCAAGGGUCGCAGCCCUGUCUACUGCUUCACCGCCCUUCUCUCCGCUGCCGUUUUGUUUCUCUUCUUCAUCCUUUCUGUUUCCCUUCUCCUCUCUGAAUCCACGUCUUUCCUUCCCCUUCCCUCCGAUCUCUUCUUCGCCUUUGCCUCUGCUCUCUUCUUUCUCCACUACUCUGUCUCCACUGCGGAAGCGUAUGUCCAGACAUCUGAUCUCCAAGCCAAAUGCGAUUCCUUGUUGGCCCGCGUCUCCUCUUUGGCUUCCUUGAUGUGUCUGAUUCUGGCUUGCCACCCAAAGCUUUUUAUAGCCGAGGUGGGUUUGGGGGCGGCGCUGUGCUUGCAGGGUCUAUGGAACCUGCAAACAGGGCUUUCUCUCUACGUAGAGGCGUUUAUACCAGAAGGGUGCCAUAAGUUGCUGGAUGUUGUGAGCGGAGUAGAGGGGUCCACCAAGUGCGACCUUGACGAGUCCCGGCUGAGGGCUGUGGCCAUUCUGGAUCUGGUGUUUGUGGUUCAUGUCAUGUUUGUGGUCAUCAUUGUGAUGCUCACUUACGCUCUUGUUGCUAAGACUAUUGGGAUGAGGAGACAGGGCUCCUACGAGGCCUUGCCUACCAAUGCUGCUGAUUCUUGUCAUAUUCAGAUGAAGGCUUUGACCGGCACACAAGCAUGAUCCUUUUUCUUUUUUUUCUUCCUCUGCGCUCUAACUUUUUUUUACUCUGUCACUUCUAUUCUUCUUGUUGUGGCAUUCAGUUUAAGGAUAUCAAAGUUUUUACCUUCAUUGGUCACUCUGAAACCUGUUGCUACUUUACAAAUUUUGUUUUUACAAGCUGUUUCCAUCUUUCUCUACUUUAUGAGCUUGCUGGCAUAUUAUCUUCACUUCAUCCCUUGAUCUCUAUUUGUUAAAUUCAGCAUUCAGUUGUGGUGGUGUGGCAGAUACAGAAUCUCUAUAUCUGUUGGACAUUUGUCAUUGGGUCAAAAAUGUUGAGUUUACUACUUUUACGAGAAAGUUUGUUGGUUGAAUGGAAAUUAAAUCAGUCUAACAUGUCUGAUUGCACAAAGAGCUAAAAUGAAGUUGCUGAAAGUAGGAAAUCUUUUUGCUGUUUUAUACACACACACACACACACACACACACACAUAUAUAUAUAUAUAUAUAUAUUCAUGUUGUAUUUCUGAUGUCAUUGAAGGAAUAGAGCAUCAUUUCUGAGAUGACACAUGCAUAAGAUGACACAUGAAGUGAUGUUCUUUUGAUACUUCAUCAUCUGUUUUUCCCGGUCGGGGACUUGUUCUGGAUUGAGAGGCAGCUUAUGCAUUCCUGAAACAAUGGCAAAAAUGGCCGAAAGUGUCGUUUUGUGAUUAAUUAUUGUUAAACUCUUUAUGCUUCCUAGAGUAUGGUAAGUGAAAAGUUGGAUUUUUUUUGAGGUUGCUUAUGCUUUAAACCUAGCACCUGAAGAAAAAUUAAGUGUCAAUUGAAAAAGGAAAAAAAAAAUUUGGGGUGACAUAUAGAUGCUGAUGCAAAGGUCAAUAUAGCAUGAGAUUUAUGCACAUAUAGAACAAGUAAUAAUUUGUUAUAUUACAUGAGAUUUAACAAAUAGAGGUUUUUGCCCGCUUAUAGACUACAGGGGUUAGAGAGUUCUAGGACUGGUGGCCUUUAUAUCCAAAGUCGAGUAUUAUAUGUGGAAAAAGGCUUUGAAUUGGUAAAAUCCAUGAAGAGCUUUAAGAAAUGGCUCGGACACAUAAAAAUUUUGGCAUGUUUAGAUUUGUACUUGUUCUGUGUCUUUCAAUCACAUGUUCUCAGUGUUAUUGCAUUUAUGUUUGUGAAUCUCACUGGGUGUAUGUCUUUUGGUUUGUAUUUCUUCCCCAAUUUGGUCAACAAUAGAAUAAUUGUAAUGAAUUUUGAAACAU